AUGAAAAAGAAUCGAGCAGCAGCGGCGCGGAUACUCGGAAUCCUCUCCGGAAUUGUUCUAUUUGGUUACGGAAGCGCAUUGGCUGGCAGUGAAAUUUACGCGAAGACAUUUCCAAGCCAGCAACAUCCAUCGGAUCCGUGUUACGACGAGGACAGACCGCGACGAUGUAUACCAAAUUUCGUGAACGCCGCGUUCGGUGCAGCAGUGGAAGCUUCGUCGACCUGCGGAAGCGGCGGACCCACGAGAUACUGCGACGUGAUCGAGCAACCGGGUGGUAGCACGGGUAUAGGUCAGUGCCAUAUCUGCGACGACAGUACACCGCGACGUCGAUUCCCCGCGAGCUACCUAACGGACGUGAGCAACCCCAACAACGUGACCUGUUGGCGUAGCGAACCGCUCGUCACGUCUCAGAGUUUCUCUGCGCCGCCAGACAACGUGACCUUGACCCUCUCUCUAGGAAAGAAAUACGAACUGACCUACGUUAGCCUGCAAUUCUGUCCAAAGGCAGCGAAGCCAGACUCUAUCGCUAUUUACAAGUCAAUGGACUACGGUAAGACGUGGCAACCUUUCCAGUUUUAUUCGUCCCAGUGUCGUCGUGUCUACGGUAGACCGAAUCGUGCAACUAUCACCAAAGCGAACGAGCAAGAAGCGAGAUGUACCGACAGCCAUCGAUACACCGGCGGUAACGGUCUCGCGCCUGUUGGCAGAAUCGCAUUCAGCACCCUCGAAGGUCGCCCGUCGGCCUCCGACUUCGACAAUUCACCGGUUCUUCAAGAUUGGGUUACCGCCACCGACGUUCGUGUUGUUUUCAAUCGACUUCACAUGCCGCAGCAACCAUCUCAGGAACAAGUCUCGCAGUUAGGUGGUACCGGUGAUGAUCGUGAUCACGGUCUUGGCCUCGAGGAAUUGGCGAAACGUGAACGAGAACGAGAGGAGAGAUUGAAGAGUCAGAAAGGUCCGCUUCUUCGCGGUGGUUCGAUAGAUCCUCUCGCCACGGCUUUACCAUCGGUUCACCAAGUGAUCGCGCCGCAAGAGAUGCAAUCGAACGACGCGGUGGACGGUGGCGGCGAGAGUAGCUUCGCCACGAUCACCCUCUCGACGACGACCAGCAGCAGCGGCAGCAGCAGCCUAGCGAACAAUCCCGGCACGAGCACGCUCGCUCAUCACUAUGCCGUCUCGGACUUCGCCGUCGGCGGCAGGUGUAAGUGCAACGGCCACGCAGCAAGGUGCAUCCAAGGCAAGGACGGCGAGGUCGCCUGCGAAUGCAGGCACAACACCGCCGGCAGGGAUUGCGAGAGGUGUCGGCCGUUCCAUUUCGAUCGACCCUGGGCACGAGCCACAGCCAGAGAUGCCAACGAAUGCAAAGGUUAG